AUGUCCUCAAGUGCAACAAUUUGGAGCUAUGAAGAAGAAAAAGCAUUUGAGAAUGCCAUAGCCAUGCAUUGGAUUGAAAAACAAGAUUCAGAAGAACAACAAUGGGAAAAGAUUGCUUCGUUUGUCCCUAACAAAAGCAUGGAAGAAGUGAAACAACAUUAUCAAGUAUUGGUAGAUGAUGUUAGUGCAAUUGAGGCAGGUCAUGUUUCAUUUCCAAAUUAUGCUAAUGAAUUAGAAACUAGUUCAAAUAAAGAUUCUUCUAAGUCCACCACAAGUUUAGAUAAGAGAUCAAGUUGUAAUUUUGGUAGUGGGUUUUCUGGUUUGGGACAUGACUCCUCCACCCACCAUAGUAGUGGGAAAGGUGGAUUGUCAAGGUCUUCAUCAUCAGAACAAGAAAGGAGAAAAGGAAUUCCAUGGACAGAAGAAGAGCAUAGGCUAUUUUUACUUGGUCUGGACAAAUUUGGAAAAGGAGAUUGGAGGAGUAUUUCAAGGAACUUUGUGAUAUCAAGGACACCAACACAAGUGGCAAGUCAUGCACAGAAGUAUUUCAUAAGGUUGAAUUCAAUGAAUAGAGAUAGAAGAAGGUCAAGUAUUCAUGAUAUUACUAGUGUUAACAAUGGAGAUGUAGCUAGUAAUCAUCAAGCACCAAUAACAGGUCAACAUGGUAACACAAUUCCUUCAAAUUUAGGACAAUCAAUGAAGCAUAGAGUUCACCCUCAUCAUCCUGGUUCUGGUUUAGGAAUGUAUGGAGCACCAGUUGGACAUCCUGUUGUUGCUCCUCCGGCUCAUAUGGCUUCUGCAGUUGGGACUCCGGUCAUGCUUCCUCAUCAUCCUCAUCAUCAUCCACCUUAUGUUGUUCCUCUUGCUUACCCUAUGGCACCCCCACCAAUGCACCAAUAA